UGGUGUGUGAAUAUGUUUAUGAUAUUUCAAAUAAAAACUAUCAAACUGUAACUGGCAUUUUGAAUAUGCAGCAUGGUAUGAUAAGCAUGAACCUUCUUCGGUUUUCUGAUUAGUAUGCUCCAGAACAUCCUUAGUAUAUAUACAUAUUAAUACAUCAUCUUCUAUCCAUCUCUCGCUUUAAGUUGAAGGCAAUGAAAACACCUACUUAUAAAUUACAAAAGAUGAAGGGUGUGACAAUUAAAAAAAGAGGUCAAGGUAAUAUCAUGAAGAGUGCUAGUAACAUUAGCUCUGAACUUUUUCGAAAGCAAAUUCACUCCUCUCUUGAUCUCAAUAAACCAGCACAAAUUGAAUUGCAAAAUCAAUAUAGUUUUGAGGUUGAAUCAGCAUUGGUGGACAUACAAAAAAGAAGUGUGAGUGAGUCAAUGGUGAAUGCCAAAGAGGAUCUACCCUCAUUUAUUGUGGUGGGAUGUAAGAUUUGCUGCAUGCUUGCUAUUGUUUCUGAAGCUGAUCCUAAAUGCCCAAGGUGUAAAAGUUAUAUAUGACGGUUGUAGACAAAUUUUAAGUGAAUCGUGCAAAAAUAUAAGGAAAAGUUUGAUUUAUUGUACUUUUCAAAUUAAGGAGCCGAUUUCUUAAAGAGAGCUUAUGUUCUAUCUAUUGUCCAUUGAAUGUUUGAACUUUAGUGUUUUAAUAGUUGUUGCCGUUGUAAUAAGAUGUUUUAUCAAGGCAUUAUCAACAAGAAUGACUGUGUAGUGUUUUACAGGAAUA